CUUCGCAGGCACCGCGUGCGGCCCCAUGACCAAUCAAAAGCUUGAGGAGACGUGGGGGAGCAUUUUAACGCUGCGGCCAGCGCUUCGCGCCCGUCAUAUGUUCCAUGGCUUGGAGAAAGUGGUAUGGAGGGAAGGCAGAAUCUCGCUGACUACAGGGGGGCCAACACCAUGGGAGCCGACUCGCCGCCCGCCCCGCGCAAGGCGGCGCUGUGCUUGCUCUCUGCCUGGCGUUUUGGCGGCGCUGAGCGCUCCCCGUUGCGCGGCCGCGCCGCCUCCUCCACGCCCUCCGCCGCCGCCGCCCGGCUCGCCCGCCCCCGCGCCCUCCUCACCCGGCCCCCGCUGGCGGAGUGGCUGGGUGGCGGGACGGUGGGGGCGGGGGCGAGGAGGCAAGCCGGAGGCCGAGGAGGGCGCGGGGGCGGGCGAGGCGGCGGCGGCGGAGGCGGUGGAGGAGGGCGCGGCACGCGCCACGGGAGCGCUCAGCGCCGCCAACGCCAGGCAGAGCAAGCACAGCGCCGCCGCUGCGCGGGGCGGGCGGCGAGUCGGCUCCAUGGUGUUGGCCCCCCUGCACACACGCGCAACACGUGA